ACCACCACCUAGGACUGAUCCACCUCCACCAACAAGACGUACCCCACCCCAGCCUACGAGACCCACUCCCCCUCCACCUCCCACACGCUACCCUCCUUCAGAAACCACCACCCCGGGAGGACCACCAUCGUACGAUUACGACGGAGGAACAACCACCACCACAGUGUGACCCUAAUCCAACGCCCUGCGUCUGUCCUUCUCCCUCUCCAUCGCCUCCACCACCGCAGUCGACUCCACCAUAUCUGCCACCAGGAACUCCAGCUACAGUACCGCCCACUCGAAACACCCCUCCAACCCCUCCAGGCACGCCGGCUACACAACCAACGCCCACUCGAUACACUCCCUCACCGCCAACCAAUCCUCCACCUACCACCACUCGAUAUGUUCCUCCUACUAAUCCGCCAACGCCAACACCAACUCGUUAUAGUCCUCCUGGAACAGUUCCACCCACCGGAUAUUUUUCUUCGCCCAGCACUCCACCCACUAGGUCCGUGCCUGUGACAACACAACCCGGUCAGUACACUUCGUCAGCUCCAGGCGGUUAUGUGGCUACCAACGCGGAGAUGCAGGAGGCGAUUACAAGCUGUUCAUCUACGUGUUCCUCCUUGGCUUCCUCUGGGGGAGAUCAGGUCAGCACAGAUACACUACGGAAAAUGUCAACUGCUUUGGAUGCAUGCCAAAGCCUCAGCUAUGACCAACCAACGCUGACGACACCACACGCCGGCUAUCAGUAG